AUGGAAACAGGCGACCUGGGGAAGAAGGAGGUACCAGAAGGUUUCAGAGACCUGGGAUGUAUUGGGCGGGGAUAUGCUCUUGUGGUGUUGAGAAAAGCAGACAUCGACCUCACCAAGAAAGCCAGAGAAUUCACGGAAGAAGAGGCAGAAUCCGUGAGAGUACAAGAUCUCAAAACGGCUCUUGAACAGCCGGAGGAUGUGAAGGUCAGAAAGUGCAACCAGGUUCUGGCCAGCAGUCUAGACAACAAGCUGCGUGAGGACUUGGAGCAGCUAAGGAAAAUUAGAGCACACGGGAACUGCACCGGUUGCCAGUGCCUUCGUAUCUGA